AGCCAGGCUACUGUUUAGUAGCUACAGUGCAUAGCAGGUUAUGUGAUUUGGGACGUAGCCAAGAUUGGAUGUAGACACAGGAUUAAGCUCCGUCCCAGCUCUUACACACGUCAGCAUAAUUUCCCACAGCGGUGUGGGGAAUGAGACUCGAGCUUUUGUGUCUUGUCUCUCGUUAUGCAUCUCACAUCAGCUGCGUGCCGGUGAUCGCGUGGCUGCUGUAACUCUCCUCAGAGAAGGGCGCGCGCCGCUGUCAGAUUCCUGUGCUCCUGGAAGCAUCCUAUGGUCUUCUGCACAAGAUGGCGGAGCCGAGCACGGACAAGGACGCGAUAACAACCGAAGAUGAUCAUCUAAACAGUUCAUUAGGAGAUGCUGGCUUGAUCUCUCCUGACAAAGAGGAUGUCACACGAAUCCUGACAGUGCCGUUCAAAGGCCGGAUUAGAGGGGGGAUGAGGCCUGGUAAGAAAAUCAUAGUCAUGGGCAUCGUGGAUGCAGAGCCAGACAGCUUUGACAUCAGUCUAACCUGUAGCUGCAAUGUAGAAAAGGAUGAGAAGGAGGAUACAGAUGUGGCCCUGAAACUUAGUGCCCGAUUUGCUGAACGGCAGUUCUUGCGGAAUGCAAGGGUUUCUGGGAAAUGGAGUGAGGAGGAGACCGCCAUUCCAUACUUCCCCUUCAUUCAGGACCAGCCAUUCAGGAUUGAGAUCCAUUGUGAACACCAGCGCUUUAGGAUCUUUGUCGAUGGACAUCAGCUGUUUGACUUUUAUCACAAAGUAAAGUCUCUGCUGACCAUUGAUAUGAUCAGGAUAGAUGGAAGUUUGCAGAUCACCAAGCUUGGUUAACACAGCACACUGGUUUCAGAAAGGACUUCUGACAGGUGACAAAACCCACCUUUGCCUGGUGAUAUUUUGGAAGAUCUGAGAGGUUCUGCUCCAUCAAACGUAUCAUCACUACCUACAUUCCUUCAUUCUAUUCUUUCAUUCUUUUUAUUCCAUUUUCUAGCCACAUACCUUUUUUUUGGUUGAGAUGUAACAUGUGAAUCUUUGCAAUGUCAGUUAUGUGUCUCUUUGGGUGUUUAUAUAAUUAAACAAGCCUUGUUGUGUC